CACCUGAAAGGAGUUGAUACUACCAGUUUACCGCAUAAUUCUGUUGUGUACGGGAGUUCAUCCCGCUCUUGGCGACUUUGUGCGGCAGUUUUUUUUUUUUGGAAUAAUUAUCCCAAACUUGGGAACGAUGGACUUCGAGACAUGACAUCAAAAUGUCUUCCCGAAACGCACUGGACUACGGAAGAAGCGGUCACGUCAUGCCCAACAGGCCCCCCGAUCAGGAACAACAAUGGUGCUUGAAACGUUAAUUGUCUCGUCAAGUAUAAAAACGAUAAGCCUAGUGGGCCAGUCGCUCUGGUUGAUUCCGCUGCUGCUCGCAGGCGUCGCCUACUACAACUACGACAAGUACGAUCCCGAAGCGCAUCCGCUAAAUCAGCAGAACCUGCACGCCGAGUAUGAUUUCGUGGUUAUCGGCGGCGGAUCGGCCGGCGCCGUCGUCGCCUCGCGCCUCUCGGAGGUUUACAACUGGCGGGUGCUCCUGCUCGAGGCCGGUCCCGACGAGAACGAGCUGACCGACGUGCCGUCGCUCUCCGCCUACCUGCAGCUGUCGAAGCUCGAUUGGGCGUACCAAAUCGAACCCACGGGAAAGGCGUGCUUGGGGAUGAAGGGCGGCAGGUGCAACUGGCCCCGGGGGAAGGUGCUGGGAGGAUCGAGCGUGCUGAACUAUAUGCUCUACGUGAGAGGAAACAGGCGCGACUAUGACAUGUGGGAGUCGUUGGGGAAUCCGGGGUGGAAUUACGACAACGUGCUGAAGUACUUCAUGAAGUCCGAGGACAACCGCAAUCCGUACCUGCAGAAGACGCCGUAUCACGGCAAAGGUGGACUGUUAACCGUGCAGGAGUCUCCGUGGCGUACUCCGCUUGUGGUAGCCUUUGUUCAGGCGGGUCGCGAGUUAGGCUACCCCAUGAGGGACAUCAACGGAGCGGAACAAGCGGGGUUUAUGAUCGCGCAGGGCACGAUCAGGAGGGGGUCGAGAUGCUCAACGGCCAAAGCCUUCCUGCGGCCCGUGCACUUGAGGAAAAACCUCCACAUAGCUCUCAACUCCUACGUCACCCGCAUACUCAUCGACCCCAUCGCGAUGCACGCUUACGGCGUUGAGUUCUACCGAAACGGACGGCGGCACGUGGUCAAGGCCAGCAAGGAGGUGAUCCUCUCCGCCGGCGCGAUUAACUCGCCGCAGGUGCUGAUGCUGUCGGGAAUCGGCCCCGAAGAGCAUCUGACCCAGAUGAAGAUUCCGGUGCUGAAAAACCUGCGCGUCGGUGAAAACCUCCAAGACCACGUCGCGAUGGGCGGCUUGACCUUCAUGGUCGAUAAACCGAUCGCGAUCGUGCAAGAUCGAUUCCAGGCGUUCGGCAUGACGAUGAAGUACGUGAUCGGAGGCAAAGGUCCCAUGACCACGCUGGGAGGUGUCGAAGGUUACGCUUUCAUGAACACCUACCUGGGGAACCGAUCCUGGCCCGACAUCCAAUUCCACAUGGCACCUGCCAGCAUUAACUCCGACGGAGGAAGACGCGUGCGGAAAAUCUUGGGUUUGACCGACGAGCUCUACAACGCCGUCUACAGGCCGAUUUCAAACAUGGACUCCUGGACGAUAAUGCCGCUACUGUUAAGGCCGAGAUCAAGGGGGUGGGUUAGGUUGAAGAGCAAAAACCCGUUUCGGUACCCGAUCAUUCACGCAAACUACUUUGACGACCCCUUCGAUGUCACCACCUUGGUGGAGGGGGCGAAGCUGGCCGUGAAGAUUAGCGAAGCCGACGCGUUCAAGCAGUUUGGUUCGCGGCUAUACCAAACCAAGUUCCCCAACUGUCGGAAUUUGGAGUUCGGCAGUGACGCCUACUGGGAGUGCCACAUACGCACCAUGAGUUUCACAGUGUACCAUCCCGUAGGAACCUGCAAAAUGGGACCGGCAUGGGAUCCCACCGCCGUGGUGGAUCCAAGACUGCGCGUGUACGGACUUAAGGGACUGAGAGUGAUAGAUGCCUCCAUAAUGCCCACGAUUCCCAGUGGGAACACUAACGCCCCUACCAUAAUGGUGGGCGAGAAAGGGGCCGAUUUAGUGAAAGAGGACUGGCUGCGCCGAAAACGGUAGCAAAAGUGCCAUAUCUUUCAUUCUAAUUGCCACGAUUGUUAUAAUUGUACAUACUUGUUAAUUAAAUGCAUAGUUUUUUUUCUA